CUCUCUCUCUACACUCUCUCUCUCUCUCUCUAACUUUUGUUUGUCUCUCACUUAAAAAAAUUAAAAAAAGGAGUGAACAGUUCAUGUUGUCAGCCACAUAUCUAGCUGUAACAAGAGUUCUCUCUCUCUACAAGCUUAAAGUAUUCAUCAUCCCCCCUACCCACUGUAUCUCUCGCAACAGUUUCAGUUGCCCUACCAAAAAAACUCCUCCUUUCUCUCUCUUCCUGUUGUCUUAUCAAAUUAUAAGUGGAGAGAGAAAGAGAGAGAGUGACAAAAAAACAAGCAGAACAAGCCAUGGCCAAUGAAGAAGAAGAAGUGAUACAAAAAAGCAAUGGAAAUGGCAAAGUCCCAAGAGUUAUAAGGCUCUUGUCAUUUUUGUUACAGAGGGUUGCAGAGAAGAAUGAUGAGAGAGAAAAUGAAGGCCCCUGUUUCUCUCAGAAAAUUUCAGUGUUUCAUGGCAUUUGCAGGCCUGCGAUCUCGAUUGAGAGCUAUUUGGAGAGGGUUUUUAAGUACGCGAACUGUAGCCCCAGUUGCUUUGUUGUGGCCUAUGUUUAUCUUGAUAGGUUUUCACAGAGACAACAAACUCUCCCCAUCACUUCUCUUAGUGUUCAUCGCCUCCUCAUAACCAGUGUCCUGGUCGCUGCAAAAUUUAUGGAUGAUCUGUAUUACAACAAUGCCUACUAUGCAAAAGUAGGAGGAAUAAGCAUCACGGAGAUGAACUGUUUAGAGGUGGAUUUCCUAUUCGGAUUGGGUUUUCAUUUGAAUGUGACCCCAACUGCAUUCAAUUCGUAUUGCACCCAUUUACAGAGAGAGAUGUUCGAAUGCAUAGGCGAGUACCAAAUUCAGAGAGGUCUGAGCCCCCCUCAUCACUGCUUUUUCGCAGAUCACCAUGAUUCUCCUUCUCCUUCUCCUUCUCCUUCUCCUUCUCAUCACAACAACCACCAAUUAGCUGUAUGUUGUUCACACACAGCUGUUUGAAUCUCUCUCUUUAAUGAAAUUAAGAAAAACACAUGGUUUUUCUCUUCUUUUUUUUUUUUGGGUAUUGGGUCUCUCUUCAAGUCUGGUGGGAAUGACCCAUUUUCUCUCUCUAAAUCUAAUUGCUUUUUGUGA